AUGCCGGCCGGCUCUACCCCCAACGGUCGCUCCAAUCGAGCCGGAGCUACAAAGAAUGCUCCCACAACGUUACUCGUAACCCUCAAGCUGGCGCCCGAAGCCUUGCGACAAUUCAUGGAGGAAACUCCCGAAUCCCCCGAGACAAAGACCCCCGAACCUACAUCCAUUCCCGACAAGGCCACCGAACAGUCCUCACCGGCCUCCUCGACCGAAGCCCCAGCCGCCCGUCCAUCUUCAGCUGACGCAGAAUCAAACGCCGAUGCGAACUCAACACCCGCCACCGGGGCAACUCCAGGCGACACCCCACGACGGAAGGGAAUCCCGGGUCCCAAGCCUGGCACUAAACGCGCCAACGGUCAAAUGGAGCCCGUCGCGCGAGUACGCGGUCGACCCGGCCCUAAGAAGAAAGCUCGCCUUGACGAAGGCGGCGAACCAGGCAAGGUCUCUGUCGCCCCUCGAUUGGGACCCAAGGCCAACACCGGUGCUAUCAAUGCACACCUCCGCGCCCUAGAUCGCAGCGGCGCCCCAUGCCGCAAAUGGGAGCGUCAACCUCUCAAGCUUCGCAGCUUCACCGGCGUCAUGUGGCAGUUGCCCGCUUGGGGUAGCUAUAAGAUUGCAAAGCCCGAGUCUGACGAGAACAAAGUGGCUGCCGGGUUGGAGAAUGGAGAGAGUGAUACCAAGAUGCUGACUGCCGCUGGUACUGAUACGGUGAAUGGCAGUAGUGCCGUCCCGAGUGAAAAGAGUACUGGUGAUGGGGACGUUACCCCGGCACCUUCGAAUAUUGUCGAGCCCUCGUCGCCGGCUAUUGCCUCGGCUGCAUGA